UGUAUUAAUUUUUUUAAAAAAUAAUCGUUAGAAAUAUCCGAAAUUUCUAUUCAAAACCCUGUGGCAAAAGUAGUCCCUGAAAAGCAGGUCGGCAGCGAGCUAGUCCACGAUAUCCGCGACGCAAGUCUGCAAGAGUAACAUUCGUGCCCACACGCUGCCAGUGCAUGGACGAGCAUGGCUCAUGGCUGACUCGACAUUAGAAACCAUUAGAAUAGUCAAAACAAGUCUGCAAUAAGGAUUAUGAUACUAUGUCCUGUACUAUUCCCUGCAUCGCAAGCACAUGAUAUCGAUCUCUCUUAAUUAAUUUCCCAUCCAAUCCAGUGCGCGCGCUUGAUCGAUCGUCUUAAUUUAUAAGCUCCAACCACUGCUCCCGAUUGAACCCAAGCCAGCCACACACAUCUGCUCACAUCUCUAGCUACUACUCCAGUAGCUGGCAAGAAGGUGAAGUGAGAGUGUGAGAAGUAAUUGGAGCUAGCAUCCAUGGCGUCACCAAGCAGAAGAUCGCACCAUUGCUGCCUGGUACUAGUUGCUCUCUCGUUGGCUGCAAUGUUGCUCCCAAUGGCCAUGGCUACUACGAUAUCGAUGUCUCCCAUUGGCACCUUCUGCUGGAAUCCGAGCUACAACGAGAUGAGCAGCGGCGAGGCCAUCGCCAGGCGGCGCAGCAUCAACUCCGUCGUCUCCGACCUCGCCGCCAAGGCGCGCGCCGGCGGCGGAUUCGCCACCUCCUCCGCCGGCAGGGGCAUCGACGCCUUCUACGGCCUCGCGCAGUGCCGCGGCGACGUCUCCGGCGGCGACUGCGACGCCUGCCUCGCCCAAGCCGCCAAACAGAUGGUCACCAACUGCAACUAUACAUUAGACUCCAGAAUAUGGUAUGAGUACUGCUUCAUGCGGUACGUUGACUUCAACUUCUUUGGGGAGAUGGACACGAGGACAGACGCAAGUGUGACCCUGAGGCAAUGGCCGGAUAUGGACAACCCCAUGGCGUUCCAGAAGGCAGUAGGAAAGGCGACGGGGAAAGCGGUAGCGCAUGCUGUCACGAUGGGUAGCGGUGGGCUGGGCAGAGCGAAGGAGCAGUGCACAUCAUUCGUGAACGUCUAUGCGUUGGCACAAUGCACGCGGGAUCUGGCACCACCACUGUGCGCACAAUGCCUGUCAACGACGGUUUCCAAGUUUGCCGAGGCCUGCGGCAGUGGGCAGGGGUGCCAGAUUGACUAUAGUAGCUGUUGGGUGCGCUACGAGAUCUACCCGUUCUAUUUUCCACUCGAGGCCAACAGGCAGGCCCCCACCGACUUGACAAAGUACACCAAGGUCACGAUGCAUUGAAUAAAUCUCGCAUAUAUAUAGGCUGCGUGUAUAGUACAAUACGAUAUUGCAUACAUGCAAGCAUACACACGUUGUAACGCAUAGCAGUAUAGUUAUGUUAUGCGUACCUGAGAUCUGUCCCGGAACAAGUAUUUCUAAUGAUGUUUUAUUUCAAUAAUAAAUCAUGUGUUGUAGGCUAUAUAUUUAUAAGCUGUAUUGAUUCUUAAUUAGUAUGCUGCUAGUUUGGAAUAAAUAAAGAUGUGUACUGAGGUAUGAUGUA